UGGAGCCAGUGCUUGGGGUGGAGGCAGCCCGCAGAGCUGCUUGGCCGUGCCUCUGCCUAGGAGCUGAGGGAACGGGAUGUUGCCGUUUCCAGGGAGGCGCAGAGCAAGGUAGGGAACCUGCCAACGUCUCCCCUGCUUUACAUCAAAAGCCUGAAAAAUGGGUUUUCAACAAAAAGUCCAUUUAAUCAAUCAUUUUGUCAAAACAAACACAUUUUGACUGAAAAUUUAAUAAUCAGUUCUAAUUAAGAUACUUCAUGGACUGAUCUGUAUUUUAAUAGUCUCCAAAUUGCUCCAUGAUCUUAAAGGCAAAGGGAUAAUUUAAUGGUGAAAGUCAAAAUCAUUGUAGGAGGUAAAGUCUUGUGCCUUAAAAGCUUAUUUGAGUUAGCAUGUUCCUGCAUCAUGAGAGAUUUGCCAUUGUGGUUGAAUGAGUGAUUUAUUUAGAAAUAGGUAUUUAAUCGUCUAUUUAUGAACACCCUUCCAUUGAGAAAAGAGUGAAUUUAAAAUCCAUGUUGAUAUAUAUAUCACAGUCAUUGAACCCAUAUCAUAGAUGAUGUUUGAGUGUACCUUUUUGUGUCAUAUUUUUUUCUUUAUAGAAUAACUGGACUCUUGUUCAUUGUUUAAUAUACUAAUCAGUUACUUGUUGUCACAAUAUCAAAUGUGCAUAACUAAUUUAAAUAUGUAUUUUUAUAACUGUAGACCAAGAUUUGUUUUCAAACAAACUUCCUGAUUAUACAAGAUUAAAUCUAUGUCAAGCUACAUGUUAUGUGUUUGCCCUCCAUUUGUUCAGGUGAACAAUCAGAGUGUGAUAUUAGAUCUCCAUAUGUUGUUAGACGAACACUAUUCUAUCAAUGUCCAGGAAUACUCGAUGCCAUCUGCUGCUUGCCAAGAGCUUAUGAGCAUUUCUUUUGGAUGUGAACUUUGCUGCUGUGAUUCAUGCAUUUGCAUUAAUCCAGUUUCGGGAGUUCUCCAUUCAUCAUGUUGUGUCACCAGCAGUGGCUGAGCUGAAAUUUCCUGCGUCUUGGGGAGAGCAUGUAUAAAAGGAAUGGCCUCAUGGCCAAUGUGACCGUCACCUCUGCCACUCUAGAGGAUAGUAGCAGCUCUGACUCUCUGGAAGGAAGGAGUUCAGACUAUGCCAAUAAAAGCUAUGAUGCGGUUGUAUUUGACGUAUUGAAAGUAACUCCUGAGGAGUUUGCAAGCCAGAUUACAUUAAUGGAUAUGCCAGUAUUUAAAGCUAUACAGCCAGAGGAACUAGCCAGCUGCGGAUGGAAUAAGAAAGAAAAACACAUCCUCGCCCCUAAUAUUGUUGCCUUUACAAGGAGGUUUAAUCAGGUCAGUUUCUGGGUUGUACGAGAAAUUUUAACAGCACAGACCUUAAAAAUAAGGGCAGAAAUAUUGAGCCAUUUUGUGAAAAUAGCUAAGAAACUUCUAGACCUGAACAACCUUCAUUCCAUCAUGGCUGUAGUAUCAGCAUUACAAAGCGCACCUAUUUUCAGGCUGACAAAAACCUGGGCUCUUCUAAAUCGCAAAGACAAGACCACCUUUGAGAAGUUAGACUACUUAAUGUCUAAGGAAGAUAAUUAUAAGAGGACACGGGAGUACAUCAGAAGCUUAAAGAUGGUCCCUACUAUUCCCUAUUUAGGAAUAUAUCUCUUGGAUUUAAUCUACAUCGAUUCUGCAUAUCCUUCAUCUGGCAGCAUCAUGGAGAAUGAACAAAGAUCCAAUCAAAUGAACAAUAUCCUUCGAAUAAUAGCUGAUUUGCAAGUCUCCUGUAGCUAUGAUCAUCUCAUAACUUUACCCCACGUGCAAAAGUACUUAAAGUCUGUCCGCUACAUUGAGGAACUUCAAAAGUUUGUGGAAGAUGACAACUAUAAAUUAUCCUUAAGAAUUGAGCCAGGAAGCAGCUCUCCUCGACUGGUCUCCUCCAAGGAAGAUCUUGCAGGUCCAUCUCAGGUGUCAGCAACUGUGAGGUUCAGCAGGAGACCAACUUGUCCUGAUGCCUCAGUGUCAGCCAGACUCCCAACCCCUCCUGUACCAAGACACAGGAAGAGUAACAGCCUGGGAAACAAUAUGAUGUGUCAGUUCAGUGUAGUUGAAAGUAAAAGUGCAACGUUUCCAACAGAGAAGCCACGCCACCUGCUGGAUGACAGUGUCCUAGAAUCCCACAGUCCUGUCAGAAACCACACUCUAAACUCAGUUUUCACCAAUGGAAUUUCCAUAGGAAGUAGUGAAAGUUCAGAAUUUAGUGAGGAGCUGUCUUCAGGGCUUGAAAGGGGUCGGCUGUAUGCCACGCUGGGGCCUAACUGGCGAGUACCAAUUCGGAAUUCUCCCAGAAGUCGAAGCUGUGUCUACAGCCCAACAGGGGCCUGCAACUGCACAUUAGGGAGUUCAACAGGAGUCAUCACCAUGGAAGGGCCUUUAAGAAGGAAGACAUUACUAAAGGAAGGCAGAAAGCCUACACUCUCCUCAUGGACUAGAUAUUGGGUUACACUUUCAGGGUCAACUCUUCUCUACUUCGGAGCAAAAUCAUUAAGAGGCACAGAAAGAAAACAUUAUAAAUCUACUGCUGGUAAAAAAGUCUCUGUUGUGGGAUGGAUGGUGGCACUGCCUGAUGAUCCUGAACAUCCUGAUAUUUUUCAGCUAAAUAACCCUGAUAAAGGCAAUAUUUACAAGUUUCAGACUGGGUCAAGGUUUCAUGCAAUACUGUGGCACAAGCAUUUGGAUGAUGCAUGCAAAAGCAACAGGCCUCAGGUACCUGCUAACCUAAUGUCAUUCGAAUAACUUGCAUCAGUAUGUGGUGUGACUUCAAGUGCCAAACUGCAGGAUGGGAAUAUCUUUCCCUGAGGAGAAGGAGCUCCCUAAUGGGAGCCAGCUGCCCCAGACAAGAUUACUUCAGCACUUUUCUAUGUAACUUGAAAGUGAUUUUGACACAGCUUUUAAAAGCAGAAAGUGAAUGUUGUCCUUAGGACCAGAUAUAGUCUCAUGCACUGAACAUAAGUAGACAAUUUAGAGAGACUGAAGAUGAGUCCUGACUGAUGCAGGAUCCUGGAAACCUUGACUUUAACUUUGUGGUCACAAACUGCCUGGACUAAUGUUUGACCACAAACUGUGCAUCACAUCUUCUGCCUAUUCUUUUUUAAACUGUUCUUUUUAUUGUUAAGCUGCUUUAUGUGACUGAAGAACAUUUAGCCCAUGUUGGGUUUUCAAUUCUUUCUAAUGCACAAAAUGAUUGACAGUGUUAACUUGCUGCAAAGUGUCAAUUAGAAUAGAAAAUUGUGGAACAACAUUUUUUAACCUAAGUGCACUGAGUUGCUUGGUAAUGUGGUUGCCUCAGAUUUUGUAUCAAAUCUCUGGACAAUUCUGCAGUUCACAUUUGAGCUAUUUGGGAAAUGUGUAUUUUGGCACAAGAUAAAUAGUUUAAUUUAGUAUUUCUUUCAUUUGAAUGUGCUGCUUUUAAAUAUAAUUUAAAGGGACCCCCAGAUGAGUGAUGGGUCCAUUGCUAUUUAAAUUCACUUUGUGUUACAGCUUUUCUUGGGUUUUCUUACUCCUAAGGAUAAAUUGGCCCUAUUUUUUCCCCUUUACUAUGGGUGCUAUUCAUCUAAAAUCCCUAGCUCCAUAGAUGCAGGUAUUUGGAUCUUCCCACCUGGUGCUGACUCCUCAGAAUGGCUGAACUUUCCACUCACUGUUCCACUCUCAUGUGGGUGACCCAAUCCCAUUCAGCACCUGCAUGUGCGCACACAUCACCUGGUAGGCAGAAUAACGCCACUAAUACUGCUGUCAUGAAGGCCUCUGAUCCUCUGAAAUCAUGAUGGAGGUGAGAUCUAGGCAGGACUGAUUGGCAUGUAAGAGACCCUUCUCUGCCAGGAGAAACCACCUGGUUCUCUUUUCCCAGGUGUGCCUUAGCAUUUCCAGCUGGUAGGAGCUUUCUGCUAUUCUCACCUUAAUUUCAGUAUUCUUCACCUUUUAAUCACAUCCCUCUGCUGGUCAGCAUUCAGGCUUCAUCCAUCAAGGAUGAAUCAUUGCAUAAAGCUCCCACCUCACUUUCAGCUAGGCUUUCUAAUGCCAUGACCAUUGGCCCUAAAACCCUCACUCUGCACCUCCCCAAGAAUGGGGCAAAAUGGUGAGCUAGGUGGGAGAGUCCUGUGAUUCGACCACAUGCUUGCAGACCAUGAAA